UGAAUCAAACCAAUUAGCCCGUUAGCCAUCCGGUCAACACAAAUGCUUCCCUACAAAUCUAAGUCGUACUAUCCAACAACAUAUGUGGUGAUAUCUUCCACAAAUGACAAGAGUUACCUUGACCCUUGCUCCCCUCUCACGGUCUCACCAUGGAAGGAAGCUUUGAGUGUGUCUCUUGUGAUAUAAAAAUAGCAAACGAAACACAAAUAGCAAGCAACCCAGGAAAUAAAAUAUAGCCGCCGCAGGACCAUUUACACAUGUAAACACAGAAACCAUUACCCGCCGGCGCCAAUCAAACUCUUCUCCCUCCCAUCCCAUUAACCUAAAUUGGUCCACAAUCCCAAUCCCGAUCCCCCUUCUCAGUUCUUUCCCUUUCUUUCUUUAUUCCCCUGUUUCCUCUCUUGAUAUUUCCUUCUUAGGCCCACCACCAUAAUCAUCCAUUCAUCAUCAUCUAUAAUCCCUUUUUGUCUUUCGUCUUCUCUCCUCUCCGCUGAAUCAUCCCCCAGACUUGUGAUUUCUUUCCUUCUUCUCCGAUGGGUCGCUUGACGAAUCUCAGAGACCUAGUGGGCGCGAUCAAGGACAAAGCUUCCCAGAGCAAAGCAGCUGCGAUUAAUAACUCUCUCCAUUUAUCUCUUCUACGGGCUACGACCCACGACCCCUUCACCCUUUCCAACCCGAAACACAUCGCCACUCUCCUCUCCUAUGGCCACGGCUCACGCGCCACCGCCUCCGCCGCCAUCGAAGCCCUCAUGGACCGCCUCCAGCACACCCACGACUCCUCCGUCGCCGUCAAGUGCCUCCUCAUCGUCCACCAAAUCGUCAAGCAGGGCAGCUUCAUCCUCCAGGAUCAGUUGUCCGUCUACCCUUCCUCCGGCGGCCGGAAUUAUCUCAAGCUCUCUAAUUUCAGAGAUAACUCCUCCCCUGUUUCCUGGGAGCUCUCCUGCUGGGUUCGAUGGUAUGCGCGGUAUUUAGAACAAUUGCUGUACGCGUCGAGGGUACUGGGAUUCUUCCUCUGCUCAACUACCAGUACGGCGGAGAAAGACAGAGCGGAAGAGAAAGUGUCGGCGAUGGUGACUUCCGAUUUGGUGAAGGAGAUGGACUCGCUGGUUGGGCUGAUGGAGGAGGCCGGUAGGAAACCGGAAUCCCUGCAUCUGAAAGGAAAUUCGAUAAUUGGCGAGAUCCUGAAUUUCGUAGGGGCGGAUUUCCUGUCGGCGAUUAACGAUGUAUCUGUCCGAGUCAACGAGUUCAAGCACAGGGUGAGUUGCCUGAGUUUCGGGGAAUCGGUGGAGCUGGUCUGCGUGUUGAAGCGACUGGAAGGGUGUAGAGAGAAGAUGGUGGAAUUGUCGCCGACGAGGAAGAGAGUUUUGAUCGACGGGAUGUGGGUUGCGGUGAGGGAAGUUUUGGAUAAGAGUACAGAGGCCUGUAGAGGGGAGAAACAAGGGAGGCUUUUGCUGACGUGGGGAGGAAGAAGAGAGCAGGGGACUGAGUCGGCUCGAUUCGGGGGACGAGUUUUGAGUUGCAGUGACUCGUUUCGGGCUUCGUCGGCCCGGUUUGGGUCCAGUAGGAACGCUUGAAGAUGAAGCUGAUGAGGUGGUCGUAUAAGCAGG